AUGUCGGUCAUGGCAGCUGGGAGCGGGGACGAGGAUCCGAAAGGAAAACACACCGCCGGGGUCAGACGCGGGCAAGAAGGGAAGGCCCCCGGGCGUGGUCAAACGCCGCGAGACUGCGAGGGCCGGGCAGAAGCAAGUCCUGGAGAGCGCGGGGCCGGCGGCUGCUCGGCCCGCCGCCCCGCCCCGGGUUUCCGCGCGCGCGCCGAGAGCUGGAGACGGGCGGGGAGGGGCGGUGCGACUGCAAAUCGGGAAGGGCGCGCGGCGGGCCGCCUGGGGAGCUCAGCGAACCGGCAGGCCGUGAACUGGAAUUAG